UGUACCCAAACAGAUCCAAAAGAAGGUUCCAUAUUCAUACUCCAUAGUCCACAGACCAUUUUCUUCCAUUCGGAGAAGAAAGAAGAAGAAACUAAGACCGGUUGAAGCACCAAACGAUGUCGUCUCAGGACCACACCAACCAAAACCAACCGACUGGUGUGGAAAACAAUGUUGAUGGGAACUCUGAAUCCAGUACUGAAGUAGGAUGGUAUAUUCUCGGUGACAAUCAAGAGCAUGUUGGUCCCUAUGUGUCUUCUGAGUUGCUUGAGCAUUUCUUGAAUGGGUACCUCACCCCGAGUACACUCGUGUGGUCUGAAGGAAGGACUGAAUGGCAGCCAUUAUCCUCAAUCCCCGAGUUGAUGACAUGCAUAUCUCAACAAGGAGCUGAUGAUUCUAUGCCAUCUAAUGACGACGAGUUUGAGAAAUGGCAGAAGGAGAUUCGAGAGGCUGAGGCAGAAGCAGAGGCAGAAAAUGGCUCUACUGGUUUUGGUGGAGCCACGCUGGAUAAUGAUGACAGACCUUCAACCCCGCCAGAGGGUGAAGAAGAAUUCACUGAUGAUGAUGGGACCACCUAUAAAUGGGAUCGAGGUCUUAGGGUUUGGGUUCCUCAGGAGGACACAGAUGGCAGAGGUGGAGAUUAUAAGGUAGAAGACAUGACUUUCUUGAAAGAAGAGGAGGUCUUUUCGACCGUCAAUAUUUCUAAUGCUCCUGCAAGUGAAGAAGAUAAUGCAACUAAACAACCCGAUUUGUCUACAAAACAAGUUGAUGAUAGCAAUGAGGCAGUGGAAGGAAAAAAUGCUAAGAGAAAAUUGCCGGAUGAGGAAGCUGCUAAGAAGGAACCCAAUAAACCUCCCGAUAGCUGGUUUGAAUUAAAAGUAAAUACACAUGUGUAUGUGACUGGGUUGCCUGAGGAUGUGACAAUUGAUGAAGUGGUAGAAGUAUUCUCCAAGUGUGGGAUAAUAAAGGAGGAUUCAGAAACCAAAAAGCCCCGUAUAAAGCUGUAUGUUGACAAAGAAACUGGAAGAAAGAAGGGAGAUGCACUGGUUACAUAUCUCAAGGAACCUUCAGUUGCGCUGGCUUUGCAAAUUCUGGAUGGAGCACCUUUCCGUCCUGGUGACAAGAUUUCUAUGACAGUCACCCCAGCCAAGUUUGAGCAGAAAGGGAAUACAUUUAUUUCCAAGAAAGUUGACAACAAGAAGAAAAAGAAACUUAAGAAGGUGGAAGAUAAGAUGCUUGGAUGGGGUGGUCGUGAUGAUGCAAAGUUGUCUAUUCCAGCUACUGUUGUUCUUCGUUAUAUGUUCAUGCCUGCUGAAAUGAGGGCCGAUGAAAAUUUACGUUCAGAACUAGAGGCUGACAUACAGGAAGAAUGUUCAAAGCUUGGUCCACUGGACUCAGUUAAGGUGUGUGAGAAUCACCCCCAAGGUGUUGUUUUAGUAAGAUACAAGGACAGGAGGGAUGCUCAAAAGUGCAUAGCGCUGAUGAAUGGAAGAUGGUUUGGCGGUAGACAGAUACAUGCAAGUGAGGAUGAUGGGGAAGUUAACCAUGCUAACGUCCGGGAUCUGGACGCAGACGCCAAACGGCUGGAGCAAUUUGGUGCUGAACUUGAAGCUGAAUAAGUUGUUCGCCCGGAAUACUUAGUAGACACUACCCCAGUUUUUCCCUGUAAAAUUAAAAUAUUGUUAGAUGACUUGUUUUUUUUUAUUUGUAAAGAAAUUGUUGAGGGAUUCUGCAAGCUAGUUCCAAUCUUGGAAAUGAGAAUGAUAUCUUUUAAACUGGAAAA